AUGGUUUCAACUCAAUUCCUCACUGGCGUGCUGGCGUUGCUCGCCGCCAACGCUGUCAGCGCUGGGCCUUGCAAACCUUCUUCUUCUACCGUCGACACAACGACUACUGUUGAAGCUACGACGGCUGAAACCUCGUCUGCUACAGUCAGUGACUUGUUCAUCGAAUCUCUCACUAGUCUUGGCUCGACCGAGACUGCCAACUCACUCUCUACCCUCGGUACUUCCACGACAUUGCUCACUACGACAACUGAAGAACCAACUUCAUCAGCCGCUACCUCUGCCACUACUUCGGCGGCUUCUUCUGUCGAAUGCACCACCAACGCAGAGUGUAAUGCCCUUCAUGGAGGCUCCGCUCCUUUCUGUUCUUCUGCAGGCAACUGUAUCGGGUGCCGUGGUGAUGGGGACUGCUACGGUGAAACACCCUACUGUGACGACAAUUUCUGCAAUGAUGUAGUUGGCCAUGGAGGCUUCAAAAUGCGUCGCUGA